AUGUGCCUGGAAUGCUCUGGACAGCACCGGAGUCUCGGUGUGCACCUCUCUUUUGUGAGAUCCAUCCAGAUGGAUUCCUGGACCGAGAAACAGAUCGCGGCCAUGGAGAAGUCCGGUGGCAAUCAGAAGUUGGUGGAAUUUUUUGAGGCACGUGGAAUCAACAAAUCAAUGAGAAUCGCGCAAAAGUACAACACAAAGCAGGCGGCUUACUACAAGGAGCGCCUUUCGCGGCUCCUGGAGGGGAAGACAGAGCCGCCCCCGGACCCCGGACGCUAUGACCCCGUGACGGGCGUCAGCGAAGCACAGGGCGCGGAGCCUCUCCCCGGGGAGACCACGGACCAGUACAAUGCGCGUCAGGCGAAGCUCCGGGAAGAGGCGCGGGAGCGGCUGCGCCAGAAGUUCGGCAACGGCACCAUGAGCAGCGUGGGCUCACAUCCGCAGCCAGGCGACGACGGCGUCAGCUUCACCGACGUGGCCAGCGGCGCCGUGGGCGCCGUGGGCGGCCUGCUGGGCGGAGCGGUUGGCUUCGUCCGGAAGUCUGUCGUUGAAAACGAGAAUCUCCACGACACCAUCAAGGGCACGGUGAGCUCCGUGGGUCAAGCAGCUGGCGGAGUGUGGGGUCGUCUCUCCCAGUCAGUGGACGGCGAUGUCCUCGACAGCUUGAAGCGAAAUGUGACCCUCCAGGAAGGAUCAGCCGUGUCUCAGGGCCUUGGCUGGACCCAAAACACCGUGGGCGGCCUCAUCAACAAGGCCGGUCAAGGCCUCGGAUCCCUUCGCCUUCGCCCCAGGCAGCCUCGUCGAAGAGGAUAG